CGAAAAAUUAUCGAAACUAUUAUUCUCUGUUAUCUUUGAUCUCUCUCUCAUAUGACAGUCGUUUUUGGCAUUUCUGUAGAAAUGACGGCAAACCCCAACAUCGAUGAAAACUUUGAGACUCCUGACUUCGAUGAGGAUGAAUUGGGAGAGGAACAAUUUGUGUCAACUACGGCUGGAAGAAAACGCCUAUUCAGUAAAGAACUUCGGUGUAUGAUGUAUGGAUUUGGUGAUGAUAAGAAUCCAUAUACAGAAAGUGUAGAUUUGCUAGAAGAUCUAGUAAUAGAAUUCAUUACGGAAAUGACACAUAAAGCAAUGGAGAUCGGUCGUACUGGGAGGGUGCAAGUGGAGGAUAUUAUAUUUUUAGUUAGAAAAGAUCCAAGAAAAUAUGCUCGUGUUAAAGAUUUGUUGACUAUGAAUGAAGAGUUAAAGAAGGCUCGAAAGGCCUUCGAUGAAAUAAAAUAUGUUGGUAAUGAGGCUAAAAUCAAAUGACAAAAGGCAAAAUAAAAUGAAUGAUAUAUUUUUUAUGUAUUUCAAUUUGUGUGAAUAGAAACAAAAUAUAUAAA